AUGAUAAGGACGCUUUUUUCGAAAAGAACCAUGUCUACUUCAACUAAUCAAUGGACUGCCCCAAAGGUCAGAUCCACUUUCUUAGAGUUUUUCAAGGAACACAACCAUAAGUAUGUUCCAUCAUCAUCGGUUGUUCCUCAUAAUGAUCCAAGUCUUUUAUUUGCUAAUGCUGGUAUGAAUCAAUAUAAACCAAUUUUCUUGGGUACUGUUGAUCCAUCGUCUGAUUUUGCUGGGUUGAAAAGAGCAGCCAAUUCUCAGAAAUGUAUUAGAGCUGGUGGUAAACAUAAUGAUUUGGACGAUGUAGGAAAAGAUUCUUAUCACCACACCUUUUUUGAAAUGUUGGGUAAUUGGUCAUUUGGAGAUUAUUUCAAGAAGGAAGCCAUUCAAUGGUCGUGGGAUUUAUUAACCAAGGUUUAUAAAUUAGAAAGUGACCGUCUUUACGUUACUUAUUUUGAAGGUGACGCCAAAAAUGGGUUGGAACCAGAUUUAGAAGCCAAAAAUUUUUGGUUAGAUGUUGGUGUUGCUGAAGACCAUAUUUUACCAGGUAAUGCUAAGGAUAAUUUUUGGGAAAUGGGUGAUCAAGGUCCAUGUGGUCCAUGUUCUGAAGUUCAUUAUGAUAGAAUUGGUGGUAGAAAUGCUGCUAGUUUAGUUAAUAUGGAUGAUCCAAAUGUUUUAGAAAUUUGGAAUAUUGUUUUCAUUCAAUAUAAUAGAGAAGCCGAUACUUCUUUAAGAUCUUUACCUGCUAAGCAUAUUGAUACUGGUAUGGGUUUUGAAAGAUUGGUUUCUAUUUUACAAAAUAAAUCCUCCAAUUACGAUACCGAUGUUUUCACUCCAAUCUUCAAUAAAAUUAGAGAAAUUACCGGUGUUAGACCUUACACUGGGAAAUUUGGUUCUGAUGAUGUUGAUGGUAUUGAUACUGCUUAUAGAGUUAUUGCUGAUCAUGUUAGAACUUUAACUUUUGCUAUUUCCGAUGGUGGGGUUCCAAAUAAUGAAGGUAGAGGUUAUGUUUUGAGAAGAAUCUUGAGAAGAGGUGCUCGUUAUGUUCGUAAAUACAUGGCUUAUCCAAUUGGUACUUUUUUCCCUCAAUUAGUUGAUAUUGUCAUUGAACAAAAUAGUGAAAUCUUCCCAGAAAUUAGUAAAAAAUCUCAAGAUUUAAAGGAAAUCUUACACGAAGAAGAAGUUUCUUUCUCCAAAACUUUGGAUAGAGGUGAAAAAUUAUUUGAACAAUAUGCUAUUAUUGCUUCUAAAACUCCUGAACAAACUUUAUCUGGUAAAGAUGUUUGGAGAUUAUAUGAUACUUAUGGUUUCCCAGUUGAUUUAACUAGAUUAAUGGCCGAAGAAGCUGGUUUAAAUAUUGAUGAAGUUGGAUUUGAAAAAGCUAAAGAAGAAUCAAGAUUAGCUUCAAAAGCUACCGGUAAUAAAACUGGAGUUGAAUUAAUUAAAUUAGAUGUUCAUGCUCUUUCUAAAUUAGAAAAUGAAGUUCCAAAAACUAAUGAUAUUUAUAAAUAUGGUUUAGAAAAUACUAAAUCUAAGAUUUUGGCUAUUUAUGAUGGGUCAGAAUUUAUUGAAUCAAUUUCUGAUUCUAAAAAACAAGUUGGUAUUUUAUUAGAUAAAACUCCAUUUUAUGCCGAACAAGGUGGUCAAGAGUAUGACACUGGUACUUUGGUUAUUGACGGUAGUGUUGAAUUCAAUGUUUCCAACGUUCAAGUUUACGGUGGAUAUGUGUUACAUACUGGUCAUUUAGUUGAAGGAUCAUUGAAAUUGCAAGAUGAAGUUAUUGCUACUUAUGAUGAAUUACGUAGAUGGCCAAUCAGAAACAAUCAUACUGGUACCCAUGUUUUAAAUUAUGCAUUAAGAGAAGUUUUAGGUGAUGGAGUUGAUCAAAAGGGAUCACUUGUUGCCCCAGAAAAAUUAAGAUUUGAUUUCAGUCAUAAACAAGGUUUAAAACCAGAAGAACUUGUUAAAGUUGAAGAUAUUUCAAAUGAAUAUAUUAAAUCCAACAAAGAAGUCUUUUCAAAAGAAGUUAAUCUUUUAACUGCCAAAGAAAUCAACGGUUUAAGAGCCGUUUUCGGGGAAACUUAUCCUGAUCCAGUUAGAGUUGUUUCAAUUGGUGCACCAGUGGAAGAGUUAAUCAAAAACCCUAGUAAUUCGGAUUGGAGUAAACUUUCAAUUGAGUUCUGUGGUGGUACUCAUGUUGCUAAAACCGGUGAAAUCAAAGAUUUGAUUAUUAUCGAAGAAUCUGGUAUUGCCAAGGGUAUCAGAAGAAUCGUUGCAGUCACUGGUAACGAAGCUCAUGAAGUUCAAAGAAUUGCUAAAGAAUUUGGAGAAGAAAUUUCCAAAGCUGAAUCAUUACCAUUUGGAUCAGAAAAAGAAACCAAGGCCAAAGAAUUAGGUGUUGCUUUGAAAAAAUUAUCAAUUUCAGUUAUUUCAAAGGCCAAAUUAACUGAAAGUUUUAAUAAGUUGGACAAAUCCAUUAAAGAUCAAUUAAAAUCAAAACAAAAGGAAGAACUGAAGAAAACUUUAGACGCAGUCAAUAAAUGGUUGAAAGACGAAGAAUCUAAACAUGAAUUUUUCGUUAGCCACAUUCCAAUCAGUGCCAAUGCUAAAGCCAUUACCGAAGCAAUCAACUUGAUCAAAAAACAACAUAAAGAGAAAUCACUCUAUUUAAUCACCGGUGGUGCUUCCGAUGCUAAAGUUGCUCAUGGUUGUUACGUCUCCGAUGAAGCCAUUGCCAAAGGUCUUGAUGCCCAAGACUUGGCCAAAGCAGUUUCUGCUCAAAUCGGUGGUAAAGCCGGUGGUAAAGGUAAUGUUGUUCAAGGUAUGGGGGACAAACCAGAAGGUAUCAACCAAGCCAUUGACGAAGUCACCAAACUAUUCGGCGAGAAGUUAUAA